UUUGUUGCCCAGAUGCUGGGGUUCCUCAUCAGCGUGGUCAGCUCCAUCUUCUGUGGCCACCUGGGGAAAGCCGAGCUGGAUGCUGUGACGCUGGCUGUGUCUGUUAUCAACGUGACGGGCAUCUCCAUCGGUUCUGGUUUAGCCUCAGCAUGCGACACGCUGAUGUCCCAGACAUAUGGUGGCAAGAACCUGAAGCAGGUGGGCACCAUCCUGCAGCGAGGGAUCCUCAUCCUGCUGCUGUGCUGCUUCCCUUGCUGGGCGCUCUUCAUCAACACCGAGAGGAUCCUCCUGCUCAUCCGACAGGACCCCGAGGUCUCCAGGUUAACUCAGGUCUACGUCAUGAUCUUUAUUCCAGCGCUUCCUGCGGCGUUUCUGUACCAGCUGCAGACGAGAUAUUUACUAAGUCAGGCGAUCAUUCUGCCUCAGGUGUUGACGGGGAUUGCAGCCAACAUCCUCAAUGUGGGCAUGAACGCUUUCUUCCUAUAUGCGCUGAAGCUGGGCAUGGUGGGCUCUGCCUGGGCUAACACUGUUUCUCAGUACACCCAGGCCAUUCUCCUCUUCCUUUACGUGUGGUGGAAGAAGAUCCAUGUGGAGACCUGGGGAGGUUGGACCAGGGACUGCCUCCUGGACUGGGGGUCCUUUAUCCGGCUGGCGGUACCCGGCAUGCUGAUGAUGUGUAUUGAAUGGUGGACCUUUGAAAUCGGGAGUUUCUUGGCAGGGCUGCUGAGCGUGGUGGAGCUGGGUGCGCAGUCCGUCAUCUACGAGCUCUCCUCUGCGGCGUACAUGGUGCCUCUGGGUUUCAGCGUGGCCGUGAGUGUCAGAGUGGGCAAUGCCUUGGGAUCGGGAGAUGUGGUGCAAGCCAAGACCUCCUGCAUCACCGCACUGCUGUGCGCAGGAAUUUUUGCUGUGGUGGUUGCAACAUUACUGGGAACCCUAAAGGACGUGGUGGGAUACAUCUUCACCAAUGACAAGGAGAUCGUUAACUUGGUGUCCAAAGUGAUGAUCAUCUUUGCUCCGUUCCACUUGUUUGAUGCAACAGCAGCGACCUGCGGCGGCGUGCUGCGGGGCACAGGGAAACAGAAGAUGGGCGCUAUCGCCAACGCCAUCGGCUAUUAUGCCAUCGGCCUGCCCAUCGGCAUCUCGCUGAUGUUUGCGGCUAAGAUGGGGGUGUUAGGUCUGUGGGUGGGGAUGAUCGUUUGCAUCUCUUUGCAAGCCCUUUCCUUCUCGGCUUUUGUCAUGCGCAUGGAUUGGAAGAAAGCUGCAGAAGAGGCUCAAGUCCGAGCCGGACUGAAAAAACAAUUGGAAGAUGUGAACGCCAAUGGCACAGCUGCUAACAAAACAUCUGCUGUGGAUUACGUCUCCGUUGACACAGACACUGCGGACACUGUGGUCCUUCCCGAGAACAUCGUGGGAGGCGGGAGGCAACCUGACCACCAGCUCAUCACGCAGGAGGAACCUGCUGUCACCCCUGCUCCUCCUGCCGUGGCAUGGAGGGCCCUGAUCAUCCGCCGGGUGCUGGCUGCUGGUGCCGCAGUCGCUGUCCUGUUGGUGGGCAUACUGGUCCGGCUCCUGACUGGCAACGGCUAG